AUGAAUUUUCGUGAACUGCUGCUCAGUGAUCCACUGGGGCACCAUAUGUGCGGGGACACCAUCGAGACAUUCACGUACGUCAAUGGCGAGGAAAUCGAGGUUCCACUAUUCAAGAAACAUGGUGGUUUCCUCCGUGCAUUGCAACCAAUUGCAGCGAACUGUGACUUCGACAAAAUGUGCGCUGUUGGCAAGAUACAGGGUGAACCAGUUCCUCGACCAGCAACGGAACCCAUCAUGGGCUUGGAGCCGAAGCUGGUCAUGCAUGAGCAUGACAUUGCUCCCGAAGAUGUCCUCCGUUCCGGACCUGCGUCUCAUCAUCAUCCUGCCAAGACCAGCAUCAAUUUUGUGGCUCAAGAUGGCUCUCGAGCAGCGGUACCAUUAGAGGAACAAGAGGAAAUUCGAGCAGCUGCUGCUUUAGCACAGAAGGGGAACCCCAGAGUUAUGGGUGAUGAGACCAAUGAUAAGAUUUUACCAGGAACUUUAGGCGGCACGUUAUCAAAAACCCAAGUGCAAGGUGACACGUUAGUUCUACAACAGGUUAGAGCACCUGCUCCAGUUGUUCAAUCCGCCAGACUAUGAACACAAAUUCAUCAUGUCUGUCACAAAUAUCCCAGAAACGAGCCCCCAUAUCUCAAACAUUAUCAUAAAGCAAUGCAAACGGUUCCGUUUCCAAGUCAUGCGUUCAUUCCAAGCUGGCUAAAAUACAAGUGAAAUUCAGAAUUUUCCAAUAUUCGAACACAAUAAAACUGUAGAAUGCUGAAGCGUCCAAUUCCUUCAAAUGUGCGAGGCAAAAAUAUACUGUACCAAGCAUUCCUAUUAAUUUUGAGGCUUUUAUACUCCCAUUAAUUAUCCAUUUUACCACACUUCUUUCACAAUACGAUAUUAAUCUCUAUAAGUAUAAGACAUCAAAAAUUUAAGAUAAUUGAUGAAAUAUUUUAUUGAAUAGAAGACGCGUGUAAAUUACCCUGUUUCAAGACUAAGUUGUACAGUUAUAUUGCUGAACCAGCAGAAAUGUGUUGAUAAUAAUACACGUCAAGCAUAUGUUUUUCUGCGCCAGAUCAUCUGAAUAAUUAAUUCUAAAAAUUAACACGACAACUGUUGAUUUAAAAUUUUCUAUACACAUGAGGAUUAUGAGCAAUAAAAAAAGGUUAACAGCUGGAAGUAUACUACAGUAUUAAAUACUGUGUUAUAUUACAGGAUAAAAAAUUAUGUUUCCAAUGUCAAGAAUUUACAAUUUUCCCGUUGAGUUGCGAAAUAAGCAAUGCGUUGGUUAUGAAUGACAGGGUUGUAAUUCUUAUAAAGAGCAAGAAGGGCAUUCAUCAUAUUUUUGGUAAUUUUAUGACACACUAUAUAUGGAAGAAACUAAUCACGUAGGUAUAAAAACUUGAGAAAAAUUUGGAAAUUUGACAAAACAACUAUUUGAAGUUGCAGUAAUUUUGUUUCAGAGCCCACCAUUUCAAGAAGAGGACACUUCGCGAGCUACAAUAAUUUGACAAAAUCCAGGGUACUGCAUUCAAAUCUUACACCAUCGGCAGCAUCCAAAAUUCCAGAAAAAUGACAAUAAAUUUCCAUUUCACAACAAGGGUGAAAUCGCAAAUCUAACCGAAGGACUAGGAGAUAUUUCACUUCUUUCGCCUUGUGUAUAGUUCCAGCAUUAGGGUUGAACUUUGAUGCCUAUAAAAUUGCUGGGUAACCAAUGCAUCGUCGUCAAGAGAUUAUUCUCUUCCAAAUCUUUUUUUCCGCCCAAUAUACGUCAAAGGAAUAGAAAAUAUCUUUGUGACCAAACUUCUGCCUUCGUCAUAAUCACAGCAGUUGAGUCAGUCAAAGUUUCAAGCAAAUUCGAAUCAAAACCAUAAAAAAUCCCGCCAGGCUGAAUUCCACCACGAAAAAAUAACUCAGCAACAACGACAACCAGCAGAACCAUGAAUAAAGGGACAUCCCGAAAUCAUGAUUGCGAUGAGGAAUGAGGAACUCCAGCAGAGAAUAUAAGCAGUCUCCUUCCCGUCGUCUUUUCUGCGCAUUCAUCAGCAGCUCUUUUUCUUUUUGUGGAAAUCCCUCCAAAAUCGGCUAAGUUCUGUGCAAAUAAUGCAGCACGUAAUGCAGAACCAGGU